AAAUCGAAGGACAGACGGACGUCGAUCAUCAAUCAAAAAUAAUCCAAUAUGGCCGACUGCUUCCAAUGGGGCUGUUCGCGGUUAAAUUUUAUAAAUUUGCAGUUAUAAUUAAAUAGUUUCUAUAAAGACUACCUUGCCUUACAUUAUAAUGUAAGUCAAUGUUCCUAAUGAAGACUUUUCCGUAUGCUGAAGAUGCCAGUUAACUCUGUGACUGAAACGAAAAAAGGAGUCGACAAAUCUAGAUUUUCCCUGUCCUUAAACAGAAAUAAUGCAGCAUAUUUGAGCAACGAAAAUAAGAUACCGACAGAGAACUCCAAAGAGAAUACUGGCCCUUUUAAGCAGUCAACAAAUAAUAAUAAAGAGAACAAGCCAUUAAAAAGGCCCUUGAAGAGUGUUUAUUCGAAUACUUUAACAGCUGCAAAGAGAUUAAAGCCUCUGACGGAGACUGCAAAGCUAGCAGAAAAACCAUCAGAAGUAGAGCUGGUACUCUUGGAGUCUCCAUCAGCCAGCUCUGCCAUGUUGAAUGGCCACCAUACAUCGGAUAAUCAGUAUGCGGGGAGUGCUCAGCGCAAGACGCCCAUUGCCACCUUAUCUAACUUGGGGAAUACCUGCUUCCUCAACAGUGUGCUCUAUACUUUACGCUAUGCGCCACGGUUCCUCCACAACCUUCACCACCUAGUAUCAGACCUAGCCAGUGUAGAACAGAAGCUGGGCAGCAUCAGACUCAAGAGUUCCUCCCUCGGCCGCAGUGCAGCUGGUUUAGCUUCAUCAGGCACCAGGUCUUGGAGCAGUAAAGACUUAUUAUCUCUGGGACAGUCGGAUAAUAGCGCUGGGAAGAGUAAAAUACAGAUAGCAACAGAGAAGCUCCAUGAGACGUACUUCAACCUCCGAGCAGCUGAGAGCAAAUGCCUUAACAGCAGUUCAGCUGACGCCACUCCGGAGCCCUACGCCGCUGAUGCCUUCUUAGCAGCGCUUAGAGAUGUUAACUCUACUUUCGAAGGUAACAGACAACAAGAUGCUCAUGAGCUGUUGGUAUGUUUGUUGGACAACAUCAGGGAAACGUGCAGAGCGCUCAGCGCGCGGGCUAGCAGGUUGCAGCUGCAUGAAAAUGGUGACAGUAACGGUAUAGGCCGCCAACCAAGCUUAGAAGGCGACGGCGGUAAGCCCACGCUGGGUAACUUACGCAAAUCCUGGAAGAAACGCAAAGAGGUGAAAGCUGAUAAGAGAGCAUCACCGACUGAUGACCGACCUCCUUCGCCUGCUGAGGCAGAGAGAGAUGAGCGAUCUAGACCGGGGUGGGACUUCGUCGCUGAUGACUUUGAAGGCACGAUGGUGGUCCGCACGAUGUGUUUGGAGUGCGAGGCGGUGACGGAGAAGGCGCAGGCGGUGUGCGAGCUGUGUGUGCCCGUCACCGAAGAAGAUACCGACGACGAGCCCUUCCGCGCCGCCUGUCUCUCUACCGAGCUACUACGCGAUCAGAACAAGUACUGGUGCGAGCGUUGCCUUCGCUACAACGAGGCGCGGCGCAGCGUGGCGUACUCGCGGCUGCCGCGGCUGCUGGUGCUGCAGCUGAAGCGCUUCAGCGGCGGCAUGGAGAAGAUCACGCGGCACGCGCCCACGCCGCUGCUCAUGCCGUGCUUCUGCGAGCCCUGCGCCGCCCGCCCGCCCGAGCAGCCGCCGCCGCACCGCUACGCGCUGUGGGCCGUCAUCAUGCACCUGGGGCAGACGCUGACGGGCGGGCACUACGUGGCCUACGUGCGCGGCGCGGGCGGGGACGCGGGCUGUGCUCGUGACGCCGGGGCCGGGGACGCGGCGCCGGGCGGCUUCAUGCGCGCGCUGUUCAGUCGCGCGCGGCCCGCCGCCUGCGCCGCGCGCGACUGCUGCGUGCCGCGGCCCCGCGCCGCCGCCUGGCUCGCCUGCGACGACGACCUCGUCAAGCCCAUCUCCAACGAGGACUUCGAGGACCUGCUGUCGGCCGAGCCCGAGAUGCGCUCGGCCGCCACGCCCUACCUGCUGUUCUACGUCAAGAGCGAGGUCGGCUAGUACCCGCCGCCGCCCCGCUUCGCCCUAGUCGUUAGUAGUACUCGAUGUGAGCUCCGUAACCUGUUCGGGCCUGCUCGCCUUCCGAUCCCGUUCAAAAUUCCAAGUUUGGAUAACGUGUACUUAAUUGUAACAAGAUCGCCCAGCAUCGGAAGGCGAGUACGGCCGCACAAUAUAAUAGUUCCGCUUCAGUUUUCGGACGCGUGCAGAUAGUCCGACGCGCCUAGACUGUGAAUGUGUCGCGUCGUUAUACUGAGUAUGUAGCAAUCGUCCCGUGAGCCGUAUAUUUUGUUCGUUUAGAUGCUUAAAAAGACAUAUAGAAAGUAGGCGCGGACCGUGUGUCGGCCUGACGUGAUAUUAUGAGUGUAGCUAAAAUAUUAUAUUAGGAUGUUAUAGAGAUCGAUCAAAUAUAUUGUAAAGUAUAUAAAUACAUUCACAAUAUUUUCACUUGUUACAAUCUGACAAUAUGGACUUGAAUAAGAAUAAAAUAGAUCGAAGAUACUUUCUAAUGUACACAUACUGGUUGUAUAUCGACGUUAAUUAUAUAUUAUCUGUAUUUAAAAUAUUAUAUAACUGCGCUGAUUGCGAAAUUAUUUAUUGGCCUAAAAGUAUACUUGUUCCAGAAUGAUUGCCCAGAAGUUGCUAUAUUCCCUUUUGAAGUCAUAGAAUAACAAUCCAUGGUCCAAACUCACUGCGUGCCCGUCAAUUAAUACGUUAUUUAUUUAGAAACUAUUGUAUCACUACUAAGUUAAGGCAAAGUUCACGAUGUGCAUUGUUCGCCUGGCUACAGACCCGUGAAGGAAUGCGACCGAAAGCUCUAGUCUUGAAUAUGAAUUCGAAACAAUGAGCGUAAAUUGGCAGUAAAAAGUAAUAAAAAUGUUAUGAAAGUAGAAAUAUAUUUUUAUGGCACAUUUUUGUUAGUAGUUCACAAAGCACAGUUUAGAAGAAGUUACAAAUGUAUUUUAAAAAAUCAAUUGUGUCCUUAAAGAAAUCAAUUUCACAGAUUUUGUCAUCCAGUAAUCCAUGUAAUAUCCUGAUCAACACAACAAACCUUUUUCUAUCACAUUGUUGUUGGUGAGAUACUCAGUCAGCAUAGUACAUUUCUCGUGCUGUUGUUACCAGUUUUCAAUAAAAACUGUCAGAAAUCGAUAAAAAAGUUCCUCGCUUACUUACAAAUGCAUCACAAUGAAAAAUGUUCAUACAUACUGCUGUUUAGCAAAUACAUGUCAAACAUAACUGGCUGUUUCGUACAUUGUAGAAUGUAUUUUCAGAUGAUUUAAUGUGUCUGUUAAUGAAGUUCCUAGCCAAACUUGAUGGCGACCCGCAACUAACUUCCGAGUACAAUUAUAGCCCUCACGCACCUCUGCCACCCUAAUAAUGGCAUGGAGCCGCCAUAAAGUUUGACGAGAACUAAUAACGAAGUUCAAUCCUGUACGCACAGCAGUUACUUAGACUUACAAUAACUUCGAGACUACAACGAUUAUUACUGCUUGCAUUCAUAUGCGACUGCUUUCUUUUUACAAAGUUUUUAAAUACAGUGCUGUUACGGCUAGCUCUUGCUACCAUUGAUACUACGUAUUUUUGUAUGGCAGCUAUAAAUUGUAUCUAGUUUUAUUUUUAUGUAUAUCAACUGUAUAAUGUUCUUGAUUUCACACAACUGCAGAAGUUUUUGCGAACAUGACGACUACUUAAAUGUGUUCAUGGUUAUCUACUAUGAAGAACUAUGAUAGAUUUAAUAAUUAACUGUUUAUGAUUUGUAUUAGAUUGUUUGCAAACACUUCUGCAGUAUAUUGUAACUUAUAUCAUUAUCUUUGACUAAUGUCGUAAUAUUUCGAUUUAGUUAUAUUGGAGACAGUCUGUUACUGUAGUGGUAGAUUUACAUGGUGUCACAACUAGACAUAAGUUUCAGUAUAUUUUUAUGAAAAGUAGAAAUGUUUAUAACUACAAUGAGUUGUUACUACAGUAAUGGGCUUAUCUCUUGCUCGACUUUACAAGUACUCAACCGAAGCUAAAUUACUUACUUUUUAUGUGUUGAUGCCAUUCCAAAAACCUUUGUAAAAGGUAUAAUUCUUGUCAGUAGCUAUAUGAAUUUGUUUUUUUUAAUCGAACAAAAUGUUAUUAUAAUAUCGUUCAUUUUCAUUGUAAAUUCGAUUUGGAUAAUAAAAAUAAGUUCAAUGA